GCGUCAUCACGUCAGUCGGCACCGAGCAGCCGGGCACGAACCAUACACACAACUCGAAAGAAAGAAAGCGUCGAGCUAGCAGCAGCAGCAAGCAGCAGCAAGCAGAAAAUUAGAUUUCCAUAUCAUAUUGAGACUAAAUAGUCAAAAACUUUCCAUUUUUUGUGCCUGCGAAAUUUUUGGUUUUGAAAAGCGCGCCGUUCAAAAGGAAAGAAAAAAAACCCUGUGCAUCACGCCGGAAGAAUACACACAUUCGUUUUGAAAUUGAACCGGCAAAAAAGAAAAAUUUGAAGAGUGCGCGUGUGGUGCCGCACAUAUUCGUCUGAGCCUGGCAUCCUGCAAAACAAGUGGAUUAUUCAUUCAUCUUCAGCGGAGACAAUCACCAGCAGGAAACGAUGGUGCGAUGGUGAUGCGGCGCUACCCGAUCCGCUGUCCAUCAUUAGCGUCGUCAAGGCGAGUGCAAUUGGCAGGAGGAGCGGGAGGAGCCAAAAGAGCUGCUGCGGCAACGGCGGCGGUCACAAGGACCUGCGAGGCGGCGUUGAGCCACCACCACCACCACGGCUGCGGCGGCAGUGAUUCUCCAUUGGCCUCAGUCUCGAUUCAGACCCUCGAUGCUCUUCCGCAUGGCGGGAAGAUGAAGCCGUUCAAGUACAAACCGCUCGGUGGCGUUUUCAUCAUUGGCCGCCCAUUUCACGCCUGUCGAGCCUCACCAACGGUGCGCCCCGCAUCCAGUCUAUCCACCUCUGCGCCCGUCCAGCAGCAGCAGCAGUUGAAUAAUAGUCGACCCAAUCAAGAGUGCCAGUGCUGAAGAGUGUGCGUGUGCCUUGCUCAAUCGCCUCCAAUCGAAUCCGAGGGUCUCGUUCAGAGGUUUUGUGUGGCGUGGUUGGUGUGGCCGCUCGUUUUUCAUUCACAGACACACACACAUACAGACACACACAUACACACACACACACCCACCGGCCAAAAUGGACCAGCCGUGCGAUCGAGUUCCACUACUUAUUCACCGUACUCAUCGUCUUCAAGACAUUGUGACGUGACAGUGCGCCCCCAGCUGCCGGACGAACUCCCCGACGCCGCGGCCCUUUUGCAUCAGAUCGUAUCCGACGAGUGUGCUGUGCUGUGCAUGUGGCGCGAUCAAACACGAAAAAGCGAAUUCAACACCAGUUUUCCGGGGGAUUAUUAUUCAAUUAAAAAAUCAAAUUAAAUAUAAAAAAGCCAAUCACUCGCUCCCUUUUGGAUCCUGCGCUCGGUUCCAUUGUCGUCGCUCCCGUCCCGUUUGAUUGAAUAAACUCGAAUUUUUCGCAAGUGUAAAGUGAUUCAAAAUCAUCAAAGUGAUCAAUCGUCCAAAAGAAAAAGAUUUUAAAGGAGGGGACCAAGUGAAAAAAAUAAGAAACAAUUAGUGACGUCAUUUAAAUUUUCUUUCGAGAAAAAAUCCUAACCCUUUCCAUAAAACCCUUGAACAAUUUUUUGGGGGGGGUUUUCACCUGGGUAAGAAAAAGAAGAUAAAAGAAAAAAAGAGAAAAAUUUCAUUUCUGGGUGGUUUCUUUUUUUCUUUUUUUGGUCUUCUCCGCCUCCGCCUGCGGACGUUGAUUUCGUUUUUCCAUUUUCUUUCCUUUUUGACGUGUGGCGGGUGCGCGCGUGUGUGUUGUGUCGGUGACGAACGCGCAACGCGCCGACCGGCCAGUCGACACGAGGAAAUGAAUUGGCCGACAAGUUCGCCGUCACUCCUCCAGGUGUUGCCGGCCUCAGCCACUGCUACUACGACUACUAGUAACACGUCCAGCAGCAAAAGAGUCGUCGCCACCUCUUCAACAUCUUCAUGGACAGUUUGCACCACCGUCUUGACCAUCGUCGUUUUGGCCGUCUUCACUCACCUUGCAGAAUCGACGAGUACGACGAAUUCAGCCUCCGGAUGGGAUUGGACGGCCGGAAGAAACAGUAUCGACAUUCUGGACGAGUUGGCAGCCGUCCGGCUCAAUUUGACGGGCGUCGAAGUUGCCCCGGGACCUUACAGCAUUUCACCUGCUCUCUAUUUCACAGGAGACAAUCGGACCAUCCGACUAUUGGAGACUUCCUACGCCAAGGUGAUGACACUGCUCCAAUCCCACCAUGACAUCACCUUCGUGGCUGCCGUCCGGCAGGAGCCGUACAAUGUUGGCACGCUCUUCUCCCUAUCCGAGGGAUUCACUAGGUUUCUAGAAUUGCAAAGCUCUGGCCGCAAGGAUGAGAUUCGGUUGCACUACAAUCACCUGGGAGCGCCUCGGACCGAAACGUUCAAUUUCCGGCUGGCUGACGGCGCUUGGCAUCGGCUGGCCGUGACGGUCAGCGGUGGCGUCGCCUCUCUCUACGUUGAUUGCCAUCGAGUUGAGCGACGAUGGAUGGCCGCCAUUCCCGACACGGCCAUUACUCCGGAAUCCUCGCCGCUUCCUGUCCAGGAGCAGAACAAACCCGGCAAGAUGUCGCUCUGGAUUGGACAGCGCGGCGAUCAACAUUUCCUAUUCAAAGGAGCUAUGCAGGACGUCAAAUUAGUGGCCGGAAGUAAUGGCCACCUGGUGCAAUGUCCAGCGGCUGAAGCCGAAUGUCCGACCUGCGGCGAGUUUCACAGUCUCCAAUCGGUCGUUGCCCGACUCGAGAAAUCUCUACAACAUCUGACCAAUAAGUUGGAACACGCCGAAGAGCGGCUGACGCAACUGGAACAGUGCGACUGCCCGCGUUCCUGCAGUGUCAACGGGACGGUUCACGCUGACGGAUCGAGUUGGAAUUCCGACUGUGAAGUGUGUUCGUGCCACAAGGGGCAAGUGACAUGCAGUCCUGUUCAGUGUCCGGACACUCCGUGCCGUAAUCCAGUCCAGCUGCCGGGCGAGUGCUGCCGAACAUGCUUAAAGCAGUGCUACUUCCGCGGAUUGAAUUACGAUCACGGCGAGCGGGUGAGUCCACGUCACUGCCUGGAAUGUCAAUGUCUCAACGGGUCGAUGCAGUGCAGGCCGUUGGACCCUGAGCUCCAUUGCCCGGCUCUUUCCUGCCCGCCGUCCGAGCAAUUCACCGUGGCCAACGAGUGCUGCAAGCAAUGCCCAGGAGUGGAUUAUUGCGCCUCUGCGAAUCGCGUUUGUCACGCUCGUGCGCAGUGCAUCAACCUGCAGACAACCUACGCCUGCCACUGUUCGCCCGGCUACACCGGUGACGGCAAACAUUGUUCUGAUAUUAACGAAUGCGACACGGAAGGUGGUCCGGGAGGUCACCGCUGCGGUGCCAAUACGGUUUGUGUCAAUACGGCCGGCUCUUAUCGUUGCGACUGUCUGCCGGGCUACUACCACCUUGGAUCGGGUCCAGGAUCUGCCGUCGACGUCCAUCACAACGGCACUGAGUGCGUCGAGUACGACGAAUGCGCUAACAAACUGGACAACGACUGCCAUCCGACGCUGGCCACAUGCCUCAACACGCCCGGCUCCUAUCAGUGCGCCUGUCGUCCGGGUUACCGAGGAAACGGAAUCGAAUGCGAACCCGUGUGUGAUCGACCGUGCCAGAAUGGCGGUCGAUGCGUCGGUCCCAACCAGUGCUCUUGUCGCCGAGGUUUCGAGGGCGACUAUUGCGAGAUGGACGUGAACGAGUGCGAGCGGACGGGCAACAAAACGACGGGCCAUCAGUGCCACUUGAAUUCCGAAUGCCGUAACAUGCCCGGAUGGUAUGCCUGCGCCUGCAAGCCAGGAUUCCGCUCGCCGCGACAGGAUAUCCUGGACACCUUCCUCGGCGCUCUCUGUCAAGAUAUAGACGAGUGUGCCGAAGGGUUGCACAGUUGCCACGGUAACACUCAGUGCCUCAACACGAUCGGCAGCUACGAGUGCCGUUGUCCGCCCACCAAUCCCAAUUGCAGCUUAGUUUGCCACACGGAAGAGGGUGUCCGCCAAAGUGGCGAGACGUGGAUUUCUUACGAGAGUCCUUGCGUCAGCUGCCAGUGUCGGGAGGGCGUCGUGACCUGCUCCAAAUUGCCUUGCCAUUGCACUUCUACUUCUUCUUCUUCUUCUCCGCCCGCAUCCUCUUCUUCUUCAUCCGACGACUUGGAAGCGACAGCCAAAUUCGGCCUUCACCGGAAUCAAACGGUCGUUCAUCAUCCGAAUUCCGAACUGUGUUGUCCGCAGUGCCGAGCUAGCAAGUCGCAGCAAUGCCGGCACCAAGAGAAAUCGGAUGUCAUUUUCGAUUCCGGACAGCGAUGGAUUUACCAGUGCCAAAGCUGCGAGUGUCUGCAUGGAGAGACGGAUUGCUGGCCGAUGGAAUGCCCUCCCGUUUACUGUAGUCAUCCAAUUCGUCUUCCGGGUGAUUGCUGCCUACGUUGUCCGGACAGCGAUCCGUGCAGCGCCGUUGAAGAUUCGUUGACGACAAGUCAAUCGGGUGAACCCCUCGGGUGUCACCAUCUUGGUCGAAAUUAUACUCAAGGAGCCGAAUGGGCUGCCGGAUUAGACGGUUGCAACAACUGCAAAUGCAAGAAUGGAAAGGUUUGCUGUCAGUAUGAUACUCGCUGCGCUCAGCAGCGCUUGGUGGUGGAUCUCGAGCACAGCACAGCUGUCCAGCACCGCCACAGACAUAAUCACCAGCCGCAACAACAACGACGAAUCGGAUCGUCCAAUCGAAUCCACCGCGCCUCACCGACGGCGGACGAUGCGGUCGAGCAGAAGAAAAAGGGUGGCGACACCUUCCAGGGCACAUCAUCGAUUAAAACAGCGACAUCGGAGGCGACCACGAGAAGUGGCGGAUCGCGCAUUACGACGGCUAAGACGGCGGGCCAUCGAAUGUCUAGAUCGGCCCGGCUGGUCCGCUCUAGCAACAACGCGGACAAGAACGACGUGAAAUCAUUGCCACCACCACCAGCACGACAGUCAACCAUAAUCCCAUCUGCUACCAACUCUAGUCCUUCUAGUGCGACGACGACGAAAGACGGCGGCAGCAACACGCCGCUCUCCGGUUCAACGAAAAGUCAACAUGUUCCAGGAGAAUCGGCAGGAGCGCAGGCCUUCUUGGUGGAUUCUGGAGUCACCUCAACCAAAAUUGUUAGUCAACAGCAACCAGAGUCAUCGGGUCCCACUUAGUUUAUGUACCAGUACCGGUACGCAAGUCUUAACAUGAACGCUGGUACGUAGUUGAAGUAUACAUAUAAAUGUUAUCAUCCUCCUCCUCCUCCUCCUUCUUAUUAUUCUGCUCUUGUUAAUUUUUGUUUUGUUUUCAUACCCAACCUAAUUCUCCUGUCCUUUGCUCAUAUCCGAGUUUUUCUUGGGUCAAAACAGCUCUCUAUUCUUUUGUUUGUUUCUCUCUUCUACUUGCCUUUCUCGUCCCAGCUGAAUCAAAAAGAAAGCGAAAAGCUUUUCAAGCAUCCACGAGGGCCAAAAAGAAAAACAUAAAAAAAUUCUAAUGUUGAUCGUUUCAAAACCACCCUGUCCUCUUUUUUGUUGCACCUCUAAAAAAAAAACACACACACACACUCACUUGUUUAAUUAUUUUUUCUCCUUUUUGAAUGGCCCGCCCGUGGUUUGGUUUCCUCUUUUUUUCUUCGUGUAACAUUUGUUGUACAGUCGAAGUGAUUACUAUAGUUAACUAUAUCCCGUAAAAAAAAAAAAAACUAUCUUGCGCUCCACACACACAUAACACACUGAACUUGGUUGACUUAUUGCUCGUUUCAUAAUUGGCGCCGAAUUUUUUUUUCUCUUGGUAGCCAUUUUUGUACAUAACUAGUCAUAAAAAAAAGAAAAAAUCCUAGACUUUGGAAACAUAAUUAUUUAAAUAACGCAAAAAAUAGUAUCGUUUUUUGGUAUACACUUGUGCGAUAGAAAAAGAAAUGAAACAGAAACUUGCCAGGGCAGGGCCAAAUUAUGAUUAAAUUAAGCUGAUAUGAUGCCGUUGUCUUUAUGAGAUUAUUGUACUGCAACCCAAAAAUUGAAUGUAAUCUAUACAACUUAAUCUAAACAACUUGCCGCAUAACCCGACACCCCCCCCCCCCAAUGUUAUAUCCCUACCUAUUUGUGCUGUUUAUUAUCCUUACAAUAUUGCCACCAACUAGUCUGAUCAUCGAGGAGUUGAUGGUGACGACGGUGACCUCCUCCAGUAUGCCUGUGUGAGUGUGUGUAUUUGUAUAAGUGACAUAAUAGAACAUUUUGAUACCAGCAGGGACGUGGUGAAACAUGUCAAGAAACAAAAUAUUCGUCAUCUGUGCCGUUAAAUCUGAUCAAAUUUAUUAAAAUAUCUUUUUUUAUUUCAAUUUCUCCAACAGUGUGUGUGUGUGUGUCCAGCAAAAUUAUGAUGGAAAAUUACUUUGAAUUUUUUUGUUUUUCUUUUGUUUGAUAUAUGAUUGUUCUUUUUUCAUCGCAUUAAUUGCCUCUCACUGUGUCUCCGUCUCCGGUCCUCGGCCCUAAACGUCUACUCCUCUCUUAAUUUUGUCCGUUUAUUUGUUUUUUGAACAGACUGUUGUUAAAUAACUAUCUAUCUAUACCUCUUCCUCUGCCCUGCCCGUGCACGAAUCGCGUUUGUCUGUCCUGAACUAUUUUGUCACUAUGUUAUUGGAUUCAGCAAUAAUAUUACACUGAUGAUUACAAGCGGA